GCGCUUGGCCAAAUGAAAGUUCACUGUGUACGGCUAAGCUAGUUUACGGCGUGAAAGCUAGCCUCUUCGAGCUCUAGGUGGACUCGAUGGAAUAGCGAUUGGAAAGGGAAUUUAUGUCUGACGUUUGUAAGAAAUUGUUUUAGCGAUGUAAUUGUCCCCCAAAAAGAUAAUUCUAGAAGAGUCAUGUGACGUCUUUUGGCCAGUGAUGUUUUGAACUACACUUGUUUUUUUACGAUUGCUAUCGUAGCAGCCGAGGGGAUAGGUAUUUGCCACAUCCAUGUGGAGAACGAAUCGUUCAGUUAAAUGUUUUGGAACCUGUAUGUUAUUAAUCAAAUCUUUUGAGUGUAGGAAAAGCGUAACUUUUGACACUUUUUGAGGAAAAUAAAGAAUGAUGUGGCACGUGUAGCAUUUUGACCAAUCGGAGCUCGAGUUCAAAACAGAAGUGUAUAAAUACGAGGCGGUUGCCCGUAGAGACGUCCGCCAUUGAAGACUUGUUCAGCCCAACGUACUUGAAAUUGUUGACCUUUAUCUAGCUAGCCAUAAUGUUAUUUACUUGCUUACAAGUUUGCUUGUAGCUGUACAUUUUUUUAUUUAGUGCAGGAUCGACGACAGUCACAUUGGGCAUCCUUCCAGCAGAACAUCUUGGCAAAGAGCGUCUGUCUCAGUUCGGCAAUUAAAACAAUCUUGUGCCAGAGACGGAAAGGGGGACUGAGUGUGAUGAGAGCUGGGCCACAGACCAGGAACAGCCCCUCUCUGUGCAGUGGUCUUGGAUUGCACCAUGGCAGAUUUUAGAUCCCAGGUUCCCACUGGGACUGGAAACCCCCAUCCACCAGAGUUUCAGAACCCCAAGAGGCACGGCCGUCUGACCAACCAGCUGCAGUAUCUGGAGAAAGUGGUGGUCAGAGACCUGUGGAAGCAUCAGUUUUCUUGGCCUUUCCGCCAGCCUGUUGACGCCGUUUCCCUGAACCUUCCAGAUUAUUAUACCAUUAUCAAGAAGCCAAUGGACUUGAGUUCUAUCAAGAAGCGUCUUCUAAACAAUUAUUAUUGGAAGGCAAUGGAGUGCAUACAGGACUUCAACACCAUGUUCACCAAUUGCUAUGUAUACAAUCGGCCAGGAGAUGACAUUGUUCUUAUGGCCCAGUCCUUGGAGAAGGUAUUUUUGCAGAAAGUGGCCCUCAUGCCUCAAGAAGAGCACGAGGUGUCUACCGUGACCGCCAAGACAUCGGGGAAAACCAGGAAGUCCUCUACAGAUGUGAAGCAGAGGUCCAGCUCGCCUGUGUCUGAGGUGGUGUUUCAGCAGACAGUGACAGUCAUCCCUCCGGGAGCUCUUCACUCUAUCCCCCCGGCCCAGCUCUCCUCAAAGAUGGCAGAAAAGAUCAAGACCGGCGUCAAGCGAAAAGCGGAUACGACCACGCCGACCGCGUCGACCAUCACCAGCUGCGAGUCCUCUCCUCCUCCCCUGGACGGCUCGACUCCCAGCAAGCUGCUGUCCAGGCGGGGCAGCGGACGCCCCAUCAAGCCCCCCAGGAAGGACCUGCCUGAGUCGCCCCUGCCGGGCAAGAGGCUCCGCCUCUCGGAGCAGCUCAGGUACUGCCACGGCGUCCUGAAGGAAAUGUUCACCAAGAGACACAUAGGCUACGCUUGGCCCUUCUACAAGCCCGUUGACGUGGAAACCCUGGGUCUCCAUGACUACCACGACAUCAUCAAGCAGCCGAUGGAUCUGAGUACCAUAAGGAAAAAAAUGGAGAAUCGUGAAUACUCGACUGCCCAGGAGUUUGCUGCAGACUUCCGACUAAUGUUCUCAAACUGUUACAAGUACAACCCGCCCACGCAUGAAGUUGUUGCGAUGGCGAGGAAACUUCAGGAUGUGUUUGAGGCACGCUAUCUGAAGCUUCCAGACGGGCUCACCAAGAGCGCCAGUCCAGGGGACAGUCGCGACCGUGGCGACGGGACCCAGAGCGGCUCCAGCAGCGCCGAGAGCAGCGACAGCGAGACGUCCUCCGAGUCGGAGAGCUCCUCCGACACCGAGGAGGAGGAGGAAGAGAGAGCCCUGCGAUUGGCCAAUCUCCAGGAACAGCUGAUUGCAGUACACGAUCAGCUGCAGAGACUCACCAAGGAGCCCCUGUCGAAACCAAAGAAGAAGAAGUCCAAGAAGGAGCAGAGGAGGAAAGAGAGGGAAGCCACCUGGCGGAACCGGAAAGAGUCCAAGGGCAAAUCCAAAGGUGUGAAAAUGCCCAAAGGCACGACCAAGAGCUCCUCCGUCACGCAAGGCAAGAUGGCCGCCGCGCCCCACGAGUCGGACGACGACGGGGCCGCCGCGCCCAUGUCUUACGGCGAGAAGAGGCAGCUGAGUCUGGACAUCAACAAGCUGCCCGGUGACAAGCUGGGCAAAGUGGUCCACAUCAUCCAGGCCAGGGAGUCGUCCCUGCGAAACUCGUGCCCCGAGGAGAUCGAGAUCGACUUUGAGGCUCUGAAGCCUUCCACGCUGAGAGCCCUGCAGAGCUUUGUCAGGAUAUGCCUGAGGAAACACACAAGGAAACCGGACCAGAAGCCAGCUAAAGCCAAAGGAGAGAAGCAUCCUGGGAAGAAACAAGAGGUGGCCAAACUGCACGUAGCUGAGGAGGAGAGCGUGACCAAGAAAAGGAAAUACACAAGUCAGCCGCCCGAAGCCCCCGCAGACCUGGCCCGGCCGUGCCGCCUCAGCGAGAGCAGCGACAGCAGCUCCUCCAGCAGUAGCAGUAGUGAUUCUAGCACUUCUGAUAGCAGUGACUCUGAAUCAGUGCGGAAAACGACAAACAAGAAAAGAAAAAAUGCUCGCCAUAAGGUUAAAGCCAAGAAGGUGAAACGCAGAGCCAAUAAGGUGUGUAAGUCUGACAAAACAGACCAAUCAGAAGCCGUGUCCCAGAAGAGCCAAACUUCAGCUUCUUUGCAACCCCUCGAAGAAGAAAAUGAAGACCAGUCCUCACCGCAGUGCGCAGCCCAGCUUUCUGAUGACUUGAUUCUCUCUCCAGCCUUACACAGCCGCCUGCCUCCACAGCCUUCCAGACCAAGCGCCACAGCGGCGCCUCUACCUCGCAAAAGCAGACAGGCCCCCGAGCCUGCCAGCCCUCCCCCACCACAGGGAUCUCCCUCUGAACCCCAACCCCUCUCCCUCACUCCCCGGGACGCCACUCCGCCCACAGAACAACCCCCAGGGCCUACUACUUAUAAACCUUCCCCAGACCCAUCGCCGCAGCCUCCUCCCACACUUUGCCCCUUAGCUCUACCACUUCGGUGUCUUCCUCCCUCCCCCACACAGGAGGGGGACCCUGGCUGUCUUUCACCCCGUCCUCCUGAUAGGGCUCAACAGGAAGGGUUGUCGGCGCUGCUCUCCCCUCUGACCUCUCCACCCGCAGACUCGCUGCCUUCUGACAGCGCCAGGUUUGAGCAGUGCCCACUGUUGUCUCCGCUAGAAGACAGCCCAUUACAGCCCUUGAAGAAUGAGAGGCGGUCACAACAGAAACUGCCCAGUAUCAAACACUCUGAUGGUGCGCUUGACUGCACUUCCACCAGCCUGUCCCAUCUACAGCUUUGCAGUACUGCCUGCAAAUCCUCUCAAGAUGGAAAAUCUCAACCUGCUAAAAAGGAUAUUGUCCUGAAGAACGCGGACUCCUGGGCCAGUCUAGGAAAAAUGGCCACCCUCACCCCCUCGACUCUGAAGGCUUCCAAGGAGAGCUUUCAGCAGUUCCGCAAGGUUGCCAUGGAGAAGGAGGAACGUGAAAAAGCCCUCAAAAAGGUUCAGGAGACGAGCCUCGACAGGAAAGCUCCCGACAGGACCAGUCUAGCAGUGCCACACAGGGCCGACCCACCAGCCCAGCCCAGCGAAGAGGUCUCGGAUCUCCCCUCCGAGGACGUCCCUGAGGCACCUCGACCUCCAGAGCUCCACGUGGAGGAGCCUCCCGCCCCACCUCAGCCCCUCGGCGGCGCCCAGUCCUCCGUGGACAGGGACAGGGAGAUGGCCCGCAAAAGAGAGCAAGAACGACGAAGGCGAGAAGCAAUGUCGGCUGUCAUCGACAUGACCAUGCAGAGUGACAUUAUGGCCACGUUUGAAAAGAACUUGGAGUAGAAGGACUUGUGUGACCGAUUUGGGUCUCCCCACAAACGAUGUCGCUUCCGCUUCCCACGCGCACGCCGGAAACCAAACAUUUUGAUGAAGGAAAUGGCGUAUAAUCCUUCGGAAGUGUGUCUCGAAGCACUGCAUAUCUACAUAACCUGUUUUGUAACUGAGAAAACAAACAGUACAAUGUAAAACAUACUGAUCUUGCCUGAAUAUUCUGGAGGACCUUAUAUUCAGAUGGAUGUUGGGUGUUUGUUUAGUUUUUUUUACUCGUAAUAGUUAUUUGUAAAGACCAGCACUGAGACACUGUUAAACGUGCAGAGACGUUGAUUCAGAGUUGGCAAAAUAAGUGGUGUUGGUAAAAGAAAUGUUUGAUAUGAAACCCACCUACACAUUGAGUCCUUUUGAUGGGUUCUUGUUCACCUUCUGGAGUUUCCUUCCAUAUGGCAACAGAAAAAAACACCCAAUCAAAGGACAUGUUUACAUGCUAAUAUCAUUCCAACUUUCGCUGCGAUGUGUAGUCUGGUUAUUUUGCUACAGUCAAUAAUUGUACCCUGUAUAUAUGAUCUAGAUAUGUAUAGCUUCUCUUCAGUUUACACAGUUUAAAAACCGAUCUCUAUCCAAUGCAAAGGUUUUGAAUAUGAUGCUCUGAGUUAUACAUGUCGUAUGUGACGUAUUUAAGUAUAUGAACGCCUUGUUUAUGAUGUUCUAGGGUGUGUGAGAAGAUAUUUGUAAAAGGAAAAAAAGAAAGUGACUAAAAUUUUUGUUCACCAGAGGGGCAUGUUUUUUUCCAUAUGCCUAAUGCCAGUUUCCAAUGUGCCACCAUUGGUUGACUGUCAUCUUGAUAGUUUGAAGUGCCAUAUUGUGGUACACAUUUACGAAACGUAAGGUGUUGUUGAUGACUAUUGUGUUGGUUUUUCUAAUCAAGUUUAAAUUCUGACUGUAAAUGUUCCUUGAAGUACUUUCUUAUUGUUUAUUGAUUUGAUGGUUCUCAACAUUCUGCAGUGUUUUCCUCUGACAUGAUAAAUAGUAGCACUUUAUUCUGUAUCUAAUGGAAUGGGCAUAUGCCAUACCAUAUGGAAAAAGAACUAAUAUAAUUUUUGAAGAGAUCGGAUAAAUCAUUAAAAUAUUUUCAUGGAAGCGUGUUUUUUUCUUUUUCAUUGUUCUUGUUCAUUGUAUUGGGUUAUUUGCAUGAAUUAUUAAUAGGUUUUGGUCUCGUUACUGUACAUAAAGGAACAAUUAAUCAAAUGCUACCUCAGAUUUUUGUUUUUUCCUUUUUAGCAAUUCCUUUGAGAGAUUGAGACAUGAAAUAAAAUACUAUUUUAUAUGA